AUGGUACAGAAAUUUGAGAACAACAUGUUCAGGACAACAUCUCAACAUAUGGGAGCAAAGAAUGGAAAAUGCCGUUAUAAUCCUGAUAAUAUUGGAGCCACAUCCACCGGCUAUACUGAUGUGAGUCAAGGCGAUGAAGAUGCCCUGAAGGAGUCUGUGGCCACCAUCGGACCCGUUUCUGUGGGCAUUGAUGCUUCUCAGAUGUCAUUUCAGCUCUACGAAUCAGGAGUGUACAAUGAGCCCCAGUGCAGCAGCUCAGAGUUGGACCAUGGUGUGCUGGCUGUGGGUUAUGGUACUGAGGACGGAAAUGACUACUGGCUGGUCAAGAACAGCUGGGGUCUUGAAUGGGGAGACAAGGGAUACAUUAAGAUGAGCAGGAACAAAUCCAACCAGUGUGGGAUUGCUACUGCAGCAAGCUACCCUCUGGUCUGAAGAGGUUUCCUCAGUGAGGUGGAGAUCAGUGGCAUGUAAUCAACAUUAAUUUUAUUUUUAUUAUUUCUUUCUUUUUCAGGGUAAAGAGUCACCCUUUGCCCUGGUUUAUGUUUAAUAGAAAGGUAUAUAAAAUUGUAAAUAAAUAUAAAUAAAUAAAAUAUUUCACAGUGAUUUAAA